UCGAGUAAAAAAGAAAAAGAAAGAAAGGGGGCGGCAGCUCUCCUCAAGUAAACCCGGUGAACUGGGGUGAACCCGUCGGUGACCACGGCAAGUGAUACCAGGUGACCUGAGUUCUUCUCUUGGUUGUAUGGAGCAUAGAGUAUAGCACAUCCCUAACCCUCCCCCACCCGUUGCUGCUCUCUGUGGGUCAACUAGUUGAAAGAAGGUUUCAACACAUUUCACUCGCUGUCAAAUUGCAGUUCAAGUUCAGUCAACCUUUUAGAGUCAACCAGAAGGCGCGGGAACCUGACUUCUCCUGAUUGAAAGGAAAAGUUGUCAGAGUGAGAGGUCUCAGGCCUAAUCUGCUCUCUGCACUGCAACCGGAUCCCAGCGGAGCAGGAGGGUCUAUAAACAUUAUAUACGUGGGAGGGACUGGACGAGAGGUUUGUUUGCCUCCGAACGAGCCAAUGGGAGCCGCAGCAGGCCAGACUGACGUCCUGAGUGGACGAGCCCGGAGCCACCAAUCAAGUUAGACCAGCGCCCGCCAGCCAAUAGGGAGGCAGGACAGGCGGCGACGAGGGAAGCGACAAAAUACAAAUUUCUCCUUCCUUGGAGGUGAGGACGUUACCUGCGCUGCUGCUGUGAACGGAGGGAAGAAGCUCCAGCCAUGGCCCUGUCGCAGACACUGGACGACUCCCCUUUGAGGCUGGCCCCGAGACCCACCGGGACCGACGGCCCGGACCCGCAGGAGGUCUACAACGAGAGGCACCGCCUGGCGCUGGAGGAGCUGCUCUCCGGCGGGGUCGACAACUUUCUGGAUUUCCUCAGGAAGGAGCGGAUUCCCAACUUUCUGUCGGACGACGAGAUCCAGCGGAUCCGGGGCAGCGCGGUGCCGCCGCCGCGGUGCGUGUCCCUCCACGGGGAGGAGCUGGAGCAGUCGCUCGGCGGCUCGUUGGACUGCUCCUCGGUCACGUAUUUCCCCGAGGUGUCCGACGUGGAGCCCCCGCUGCUGGAGAUCGGCUGGCCCGCCUUCACCGCGGGCUCCUACCGGGGAGUGACGCGGGCCGUGGCGCACUUCCAGCCCAGCUACGGAGAGAGUAUCUACGCCUGCAAAGAGGCUGCGCGGCGGAUGAUCAAAAGUGCCAGAGAGGUGAUCGCCAUAGUGACGGACUCCCUCACAGACCUGGAUGUCUUCAAGGACCUCCAGGAGGCGUGCUCCCUCCGCAGGGUCCCCGUCUACAUCCUGCUGGACCAGUCAUGCGGCGCCGCCUUCCUGAAGAUGUGCGCCAACGUCGGCGUUCGCCUCGAUGACCUGCGGCACAUGAGAGUGCGGACCAUAGCCGGCACGACCUACUACAUGAGGUCUGGAGCCAGGAUUACCGGGAAGGUUCACGAGCGCUUCAUGCUGAUCGAUGGAAACAGGGUGGCGACGGGCUCCUACAGGUUUAACUGGACCGAUGGCAAGCUGAACAGCAGCAACCUGAUCGAGCUCUCUGGUCAGAUAACGGAGAAGUUCGACGAGGAGUUCCGCGUCCUCUACGCCCAAUCCCAGCCCAUAAACGCCCGCGGGCCUCAGGGCGUCCGAGGCAGCGGCGUCCCUGAGCAUCUCGGCGUCAAACACUCGGCCACCUGCUCGCCGCGCGCGGCCCCAGAGAAGCACGCCUUCCCGGCUCAUCUGACGAGCACGCCCAGCGCUAAGCCCCGGACGUUACCGUUUCAGCCUCUAGGUCAGCCCUCGUCCCCUGGCAGUAAAACCCUCGCGGCGUCUGACUCCUCCACCAUCGGCGGGGCGGCGAUGGAGCAGAAGCUCAUGCAGGAGGAGGUCCUGGCCGGCAGCAUCAACGGUCAGUUCCCUGCAGAGAAAAACGCAGCCACCCCCGCCGCGUCCUCCUGCCAUGCGUCAACUCAGACCAGCCCGUCGGUGACGGACGGCGACACCCAGACGGACGCUCAGCACCUCAGCCCGAACACGGCGGCUAAAAAACCACGACAGGACCGGUCUCCCCGGCCCCCCCACGCAGCACCGGACACUACGCUAAAGGAGACUUUCCACAAGCUGUCCAGAGAGCGGCAGCACCACUACUCGGCCAUCCGCUCCAAACUGGAGCACAUGGUGACUUCCCUGACCGAGAGGCGAGAGCUGGCGGACGUCACCAACGCCAGCCAGGGCCUCGGAGCUCCCAGCGGCAGGCAGAGGAUGCACAAAGACUGCGUGCUGGAAACGAAUCCCAGGCCGCCCGCUGAAUGUGGGGGCAUGGGCACGUGGCCAAGAGCCAGAUGUGCGCACUAGCUUUCCUGCAGGGACUUCAGCGCUGGAAGGGAGUGGAGAACGGCCUGUUGAAAUGCUUCUUUGUUCUAAAUUAACACUAAAGGUUCACGCAGAAGAAUUUCAGAUCUGUUCCUUUUUUUUUCUAUUUACUUCCGAGUCUGCAUUUAAAAAAAAAAAAAAAAAAAAGAAAUUCUUCUUAACAAUUCUCUUCAUGUUAUGGUGCUGGGUUAAAUUAACAUUAAAAUCUUGCAGCAAUUUUAACCAAGGAAGUCGACGGGAUUAACAUAACGAGCCUAUAGUGUCUGAGACUGAGUCAAAUCUGCUGUAGUAUGGCUGAAUCAAACCAAACAAAGCGCUGUUUCUGUUGUUUUAAACAUGCCUUGGGCUGCUGUGACUACUUCCAAAGACGGCGGCGGAGAGCAGCUGGCUCUCGCUGCGCCUCGAAAAUAAAGCCGUGCUUCGCUACGUACCGA